GCGCCGCGCUCCGCCCACCGAACGUCCUUCUCUCCAAAUGGAAGAGCAGCAGCAGCGGCUGGCAGCGCAAAACUCCCGUAUUUGGGCUGAAAAGUGAAACAUUCCGAACCGAAGCAACACAAACACCGGGAUUAUCGAUGAUCGGCGGGGGACAAGCUGUCGAACCGCCGCGAACCAGAACCAGCGACCCGGUUCGGCCUCCGGUCCGCCCGAGUGUGUGUUUCUGACACACACACACACACACACACACUAGUGUUGUUGUUGUUGUUGUGUUGGCUCGGUCCAUCCCGCAGUGAUUCGGGCCUCUGGACAAACGCCGGGCGUUCAUUCGUGUGUCUGGACUCGUUUGGAUGGAUAUGUGACACAAACACGCGUCGCUCCGGGUUCUGGUCCAGGAUCAGGAUGGAGAACCCGCAGAAAGCAGGUCCGCUGCUCAGAGAUCUGACCCGAGCCUUCAACCACUACAACAAACACAACGGCUUCCUGAAGAAGAACCUGAAGGAGACCAUCAUCUUCUUCAGAGAGAUCCGACAGAAUCACAGCAACACCUGCAGCAGCAGCACAUCUGGACUCACUCCGGAUUCAGGUCAGCUCAGCUGCAUCUCGUUCCCGCGUCACGAUGAGGAUUAUCUGCAGAAUGUUGUCGGUAGCACCCCCUAUAUUCUCAUCCUGGGUCAGGACUGUUCGGCCCGAUACCAGCUCCUGAACUGCCUGCUGGGAGAGAGGCUCCUCCCCCUGGGCUCUGAGGCGGGCGGGGCCUGUGGCGCGGAGGGCGGGGCCUGCAGGAGGAGGAAGUUGUGUUUCACGCACGGCCGUCAGACGCGGUUGAGUCUGGCGUUGCCCGGACAGUACGAGCUGGUGCAUCAGCUGGCGGCUCACUGCGGCCGCUGGGAUACGGUGCCCCGCGAGGACCUGGAGAUCCAGGAGUGCGAAGAUCCCGCGCAGCGAUUGGCCGAGCUGGAGAUCACGCUCCAUCACGCACUGCUGCAGGAAGUGAAGAUCAUGGUUCUUCCGUGUCGUAACGUCCAGCCCGUGGAGGAGGCUCUGGAGGACUGCAGGCGCAGCAUCCUUCCCAUAAUCCUCUACGCCGUCAGCAAGGACACGCUGAGCCCGGAGCAGCUGAGGGAGCUGCAGAAGGUGCGCGAGACUCUGCCGUACCCCGUCUGCUUCAUCCGGAUCCCGACGGGCGCAUCGCCUGAACCGCCCCGUUCCGCGGAGAAGGAGCGCAGCGCUCUGUUCACGCAGCUCGCGUCUCUGGAGCUCAUCGGCGGCUCGGCGGGAAACUGCGCCUGCGGGGCUCCGGCACAGACGCCCGGCAAGAUGCAGGGCAUUCUGGGAGAGAGUCUGGAGCGCCUGCACCGCGUGUUGGUGCCGUUCACCAGGCAGGUGCUGCAGAACCAGCAGGUGGAGGCGGCGACGCUGCUGAACGCAGUCCACUGCCGCUGCCUGGACCUCUUCAUCAACCAGGCGUUCGACAUGCAGCGGGAUCUUCAGAUAACGCCGCGGCGUCUGGAGUACACGCGCGAGAAGGAAGGCGAGCUCUUCUCCUCCCUCAUGGCCAUCGCCAACCGCAAGCAGGAGGAGAUGAAGGAGAUGAUCGUGGAGACGCUCGGCAGCAUGAAGGAACAGCUGCUGGAGGACGCCGCCAACCUGGAGUUCACAGACAUCAUCAUGACAUCUAACUCUGAGCCCAUGAGCCCUAAAGACAUCAAGGUGUGCAUCAGUCAGAUCCAGGAUCUGAUCGUGAUCCGGCUCAACCAGGCCGUGGCUAAUAAACUGACCAGCUCCGUGGACUACCUGCGGGAGAGCUUCGUGGGAACGCUGGAGCGAUGCCUGGGCAGCCUGGAGAAAUCCACGGCCGAGCCCUGCGCACACAACGUCACCUCCAACCACCUCAAGCAGAUCCUGAACGCGGCGUAUCACGUGGAGGUGACGUUCCACUCCGGCUCCUCCGUCACACGCCUCUUCUGGGAGCAGAUCAAACAGAUCAUCCACCGGAUCACAUGGGUCAAUCCGCCGUCCGUCACGGCCGAGUGGAAGCGGAAGGUCGCGCAGGACGCCAUCGAGAGCCUCAGCGCCGCCAAACUGGCCAAGAGCAUCUGCUCUCAGUUCAGGACGCGCCUCAACAGCUCCCAUGAGGCCUUCGCCGCCUCGCUCAGACAGCUGGAGGAGGGUCACACAGGUCGUCUGGAGCGCACUGAAGACCUUUGGCUGCGGGUCAGGAAGGAUCACGCACCGCGACUCGCGCGACUGUCGCUGGAGAGCCGGUCACUGCGAGACAUACUGCUGCACGGAAAGCCGAAGCUGGGCCGUGAGCUGGGCCGCGGUCAGUACGGUGUGGUGUAUCUGUGUGACAGCUGGGCCGGACGUCACCCGUGUGCGCUCAAGUCUGUGGUUCCUCCUGACGACAAGCACUGGAACGACCUCGCCCUGGAGUUCCACUACACGCGGUCUCUGCCGAAACACGAGCGGUUAGUGAAUCUUCACGGGUCGGUCAUCGAUCACUCGUACGGCGGCGGCUCCAGUAUCGCGGUUCUGCUGAUCAUGGAGCGAUUGCACAGAGAUCUCUACACGGGUCUAAAGGGAUCCCCUUCUCUGUCUCUGAAGGAGCGUCUCCAGAUCGCUCUGGACGUGGUGGAAGGGAUCCGCUUCCUGCACAGUCAGGGUCUCCUGCACCGAGACAUCAAGCUGAAGAACGUUCUGCUGGACAAACAGAACCGGGCCAAGAUCACCGACCUGGGCUUCUGUAAGCCCGAGGCCAUGAUGUCCGGCAGCAUCGUCGGGACGCCCAUCCACAUGGCUCCGGAGCUCUUCACAGGGAAGUACGAUAACUCUGUGGACGUGUACGCGUUUGGGAUUCUCUUCUGGUAUCUCUGCUCCGGCUCCGUCAAACUCCCAGAAGCCUUUGAGAAGUGCUCCAGUAAAGACCAGCUGUGGACCAACGUCAAGAAAGGCUCGCGGCCGGAGCGUCUGCCCACGUUCGACGAGGAGUGCUGGCAGCUGAUGGAGGCGUGCUGGAACGGAGACCCUUCCCAGAGGCCCCUGCUGGGAAUCGUGCAGCCCAGCCUGCAAAGCAUCAUGGACCGCCUGUGCGACAAUUCUGACCAAAAGAGCGGGAACCUCGAGGACUCGAACUGACGCGUUUCCCUGCAUGAUCUCAUGAGAGACGAGCUGCAGCUCUUGUUGUGAACAAAAAAACGGACGAAUGUUUCUUUGCCUAUGAACAAACAUGAUCACACGUGUCAUAUCCACCGCUGCUCGUCACGCAUCGAGAGAUUUUACAUGUAGUCGAGUUUGUGUUACAGAUGAACUGAAACAGUAAUUUUUAGAUGGUGUUUAAACUGGUUUACAUUAUCCUGAGAUGACAUUUUUUUUAAUAAAAUGAUUUGGACCGA